AUGACGGGGUUUCCGCCAUUGGCCCCGGUGCCCUCCCCCGCAGUCCGGAAGAGCAUCCCAUCUAAUGACUGGGAAGCAUGCCUGGAUGCAUGGAUGAUGCUGCUGAGCAUCCGUCUGAAUGCCGAUGAUCAGAAGUUCCAGAUUGCUGCUGCCGAAGAUCUUCCGGCCGUCUGGUUCCUAGAUUCAUUCUAUCAACAUGCCGCCGCAGGAGACCAGGGUCUACAGUCUGGACCCAAAGCUCGAAAGCUUCGGAAACUUUGCUUUCUAACGACAAGGCGGUACAUCUUAACUCUUUCAAAUCCCCCAACUGAUCUCUUUGAUUGGAGACUUUUGGGAAAUAUGUGCUGCUGUUAUCCGUCAAGCACGGCAUUGAAGACGUCUUUAUCAGAAGCAUGGGACUUGCAUCAUGAAAAGAUAUCAUCUAGCAUAGAGAAGGCCAAAUCAUCUAUUAUGAAUCAGCUAUCUUCAGGAAGUCAGUCGUCAGCAGCCGAUACCAUCACAGACAUUCGACGAUUGACAAUAUUGACUUCGGUUUUGCCAUCUUGCGGUCAGGUCCUGAUGGCAGGCUCCGACUAUCUGGAUACACUGGCAGAAAGCUAUCAGUCGCGAAGGACUCGAAAUGAGCUGAGCAAGAUUCUUGUCGCCAACCUCUACGUGGGCCUGGUCUCAUUAUUGAAAGAACCCUCAACCAACCUGUCGUUGCUACUGGACCAGCUGUUCAGCCUCAAGUCCGCCGCAGGAGUGGGCACGCCCCAAAUGAAAAAUGAAGCCACAAUCCUUUCAGAUCUUAUAUGUAGCUCUGAUUUGCUACAAAGGCUCGAGAAGUAUCUCAGCAGCCAUCCCCAAAAAAGAGGAGAAGACCUCCUUUCCAGUCUUCGCGUCUACCAGAUAGAGUCAAAACACAAGCACCAACGGUACCAAAGACGUAAGAAAGUGGACAAGGGGAAAGGUCCUUCUUCUGGUCUACAGUAUCAAGACGAAGAGCUCCAUGCACACAAAAUGUCCCUUGUCUUGCAGGUUCAAGAUCUCUUUCCAGACCUGGGCUCCGCCUUCGUGGUGAGGCUCCUAGAUGUCUACAACGACGACCCCGAAACAGUGAUCGCCCACCUCCUGGAUGAUUCUCUCUCCCCAGAGCUCCAAAGCUUGGAUAGAUCCGAACAACUCCAACCUCCAGCAGAAUCAAAGCACGACAACUUAGCACCUCGACCAACACCUCCUGCAAUGUACUCGCCACCACUGCACUCAAUACCCGAACGCAAGAACGUCUUCGAUCAAGACGUCGAUAUCGCAGAACUAAGCAUCUCAGGCGAGGCAAAGGGCAAACUACGCUUUGGCCGUGCAGACCCCGAUCUCACCGCAGACGUAGUCCUAGCAGAUCGAAGUCAACACGCAACCAACAAAGCCGCCAUCCUCUCUGCACUGGCAGCAUUCGACUCAGACGAAGACGAGCGCGACGACACAUACGAUGUCGCAGAUGUCGGCGGCACAGUUGAUGCCGUAACAGUCGGUGCCGACGCAGAUGCAGAAACCGAAGCGCGAAACCAGCGUGCAGCCGCAGAUAAUCUCGACAUGAUACUUCUCCGCGCUUACAAGUCCAACCCGGCGCUCUUCUCCCGUGACGCUACAACGCGUCGCUCACAGUCUCGCGCGCAGCUCAAGCGCGAGACUAACAUGGUGGAUGAGGCUAUCGAGGGCUGGGCUGUUAUGCUCGUCCGGGAUCCAAAGCGUCUCGCUAAGCUUGAAAAUCGACUUGCUGAUGAAAUGGGUGGUUCUUCUGGUGGAUCACUGAACCAGCCCGCUCUUUCUUCGACGUCGUAUCGGAAGCCGCGUGCUGGAGAUGAAGAAGAUUCUGCGGAUGGAGGUGAGUCAUCUGGCCCUUCGGCUCGCGGAGGACACGAUAGAGGUAGAGGUGGACGUGGUCGGGGAAGAGGUGGCAGAGGUGGGCGGGGUGGUGGUCCGUCUCAUCCCGGGGGCCAGGGGCAGCAGAAUACUCCGGCGGCAAAUAGGAGGAAGGAGGAGAAUAAGGCCAGUCGGGCUAAUCAUAAUAGGCGCCAACAACGGGCAAAGAAGAUUGCGCGUGGAGGCGGCUUGCCGGGAUGA